CCAGCCGGCGACCUAGCUUUCCUCGCCUCACGCAGAAGUACUUUAACAGGAUAAAAGUGAUGGGGAAGCCAGACAAAGGUCAGAGAGGAGGAGCAAAUGUUCGGCCAGAUCCUGGGCUGGACAUCAGGUACCAUUUGUGCCUCAGUCUUUCAGCUCAUUGCAGGCCUCUGUGUUUGUGCCUCUUUAUUCAGCAGACGCUCUAGUGACUCACCCAUCUGAGAUUGUUCGAAUAAUGUGUGUGAAGUGCUAUUCGCAGACAAAGGGGCUGGAGAAAUCCAAGAUGCUAACUAAAAAGUUGUCAUCACUUUUCCUCCUGUAAGAUGACAGGGGAAGAAAAUUACAGCGUGGGAGGCCAAGCUGAGGACCAUUAGCUGCCUAUGCUGAAUUAGUUUCCUCCUUUUGGGACCUUCCUGGAUUGAAGCUCAGUUUGUCCAUCUGUGAAAGGGGAGUGUGGAUUUCUUGCCGUUAGGUGGAGCCAGAGGUUAAGCUAGUGCUUGGAGAUCCCAGCCCGCUUGCUAAACCAACCCCCAGGGUGGAGAACUGACAGGUGGCUGCUAGCUCAGUGCUUGGGCUGGUUUGGGGCCUCGGUUCAACUUGCACACAUGCUGAGCCGGCAGUUAGAACCAGAAUCGGAAAGAAGCGAUCACAUGCUGCUGGGAGUCCUUUAUUUUCCGGCCUGAGAUUGCUGAGAUAAUUAUCAAGCUGUAUUAAAUAUGUCUCUGUAUUAAUUAAAUCAGCAGCUGUGAUAAAUAAUGCACCUUUGCUGGAGCUGCCACAGGGACUGCAGACUCAGGCUUCUCAAGCGCGUUCACCACGGUGCUGAGAGAGAUGUCAGCCCAAGGAAGGAACUUAGAUGCCUUGGAGAUUGAUGCCUCGGGGAGAUUUUCUCCUGAGGGGGUGCAAGGCCUUGGCUAGGGGAGCAGAAGGACUCCGUUAUGUUAAAUAAAGCCUGUAUCCUAUGGCAGCGGCCGCUAAGGAGCUUGCCAGAAUAAACCAAUGACAUUCCUCGUCUGGCCUGAGCGGCACAGAGUCAGGAAGUCAGAGCGCAGAAAAUCCAGCAGCUCUCAGAGGGCUCCAUGUUUGGCCACGGCUUGAAGCACCUGUUCCACAGCCGCCGCCGGUCUCGGGAGAGGGAGCAUCAGACGUCUCAGGAUUCCCAGCAGCAGCAUCAGCAGGGCAUGUCCGACCAUGACUCCCCGGACGAGAAGGAGCGCUCCCCGGAGAUGCACCGCGUCUCCUACGCAGUGUCCCUGCACGACCUGCCCGCCAGGCCCACCGCCUUCAACCGCGUGCUGCAGCAGAUCCGCUCCCGGCCCUCCAUCAAGCGGGGCGCAAGCCUGCAUAGCAGCAGUGGGGGCGGCGGCAGCGGGGGCAGCAGCCGGCGCACCAAGAGCAGCUCCCUGGAGCCCCAGCGCGGCAGCCCCCACCUCCUGCGCAAGGCCCCCCAGGACAGCAGCCUGGCCGCCAUCCUGCACCAGCACCAGUGCCGCCCCCGCUCCUCUUCCACCACCGACACGGCCCUGCUGCUGGCUGACGGUGGCAACCUCUUGGCCGAGGAGGCGGAGGGUCUCGGUGACAAGGUCGACAAAGUGGACCUUGUGGCCCUGAGCCUCCCUGGUGGCCCCGGCCAUGGUGACACCGACGGCCCCAUCAGCCUGGACGUGCCGGAUGGGGCCCCGGACCCCCAGCGGACCAAGGCCGCCAUCGACCACCUGCACCAGAAGAUCCUGAAGAUCACUGAGCAGAUCAAGAUCGAGCAGGAGGCGCGGGACGACAACGUGGCGGAGUACCUGAAGCUGGCCAACAACGCCGACAAGCAGCAGGUGUCCCGCAUCAAGCAGGUGUUCGAGAAGAAGAACCAGAAGUCGGCCCAGACCAUCGCCCAGCUGCACAAGAAGCUGGAGCACUACCGCCGGCGCCUGAAGGAGAUCGAGCAGAAUGGGCCGUCGCGGCAGCCCAAGGACGUGCUGCGGGACAUGCAGCAGGGCCUGAAGGACGUGGGCGCCAACAUGCGUGCCGGCAUCAGUGGCUUUGGGGGCGGCGUGGUGGAGGGUGUCAAGGGCAGCCUCUCGGGCCUCUCGCAGGCCACCCACACCGCUGUGGUGUCCAAGCCCCGGGAGUUCGCCAGCCUCAUCCGCAACAAGUUUGGCAGUGCCGAUAACAUCGCCCACCUGAAGGACCCUCUGGACGACGGGCCCCCCGAGGAAGUGGCCCGGGCGCUGAGCGGCAGCGCCACACUGGUGUCCAGCCCCAAGUAUGGCAGCGAUGACGAGUGCUCCAGUGCCAGUGCCAGCUCGGCCGGGGCGGGCAGCAACUCGGGGGCAGGGCCCGCCGCAGCGCUGGGGAGCCCCAAGUCCAACAUGCUGUAUGGAGCCCCUGGGAACCUGGACACUCUGCUGGAGGAGCUGCGGGAGAUCAAGGAGGGCCAGUCCCACCUGGAGGACUCGAUGGAGGACCUGAAGGCUCAGCUCCAGAGGGACUACACCUACAUGACCCAGUGCCUGCAGGAGGAGCGCUACAGGUACGAGCGGCUAGAGGAGCAGCUCAAUGACCUGACCGAGCUUCACCAGAAUGAGAUGACCAACCUGAAGCAGGAGCUGGCCAGCAUGGAGGAGAAGGUGGCCUACCAGUCCUAUGAGAGGGCCCGGGACAUCCAGGAGGCCGUGGAGUCCUGCCUGACCCGGGUCACCAAGCUGGAGCUGCAGCAGCAACAGCAGCAGGUGGUGCAGCUGGAGGGCGUGGAGAACGCCAACGCGCGGGCGCUGCUGGGCAAGUUCAUCAACGUGAUCCUGGCGCUCAUGGCUGUGCUGCUGGUGUUCGUGUCCACCAUCGCCAACUUCAUCACGCCCCUCAUGAAGACCCGCCUGCGCAUCACCAGCACCGCCCUCCUGGUCCUCGUCCUCUUCCUCCUCUGGAAGCACUGGGACUCCCUCACCUACCUCCUGGAGCACGUGCUGCUGCCCAGCUGAGCGGCGGCCUGUCCCAACCCUGUGUGGUCCCUGGCACCCAGCUGGCCUUGCUUCCCCGCGGGGGGGACCCUGGGGCUCCGGAGUCCCUGGGACUUCUUCCUGUGUCCAGUUUGGCCUCCUGCCCAAACUGUCCAUUCCAGCUCCGUCUGCCCCCUUCUCUGUUCUUGCUUUCUUCGGUCCGAUGCCUUCUGUCCCUGUUGGCCUGAAGGGAGCCUCCAGGGUCACCCCGGCUGGAGGCGGCAGGGACGUCCGUGACCAAAUAGAGCAGGGGACACCCUGAUGGACUGUUUUGAUUAAAUUUAUAGUCACACGAUGAUUUCUCCCAGCUGACACAGAUGACAUGGUUCAGGAAGGCCAAUGAGCAUGGGGACAGGGGAGGGCCGUGCCUCAGCUUCCCUGGGGGAGAGGCUGGCAGCUCCUGUUCCCUCCUCCAGAGGUGGUUUGAGGCUGGGUAAUGGGUUGGGCCCUUCUGGGAUCUGAAGGAGGCAGGCAGGCUCUUGGGAGGCUGGGUGGGCAUGGCUUUGGAUUCGUGUUUUCUCUGGAGUUCUUUCUGCCUGUCCCUGGAUCUGCUCUUUUCAGGGAAAGAGGCCCGAGGGGUCCCCAGCCUCAGCCCAAGCCCUUAAGGUUCUAUUUAUUUUAUUUAUUUAUUUAUUCGUUCCUUGGGACCGGAUCCCCCUGAGCUCCAAGGAGAGGGCCCCGCCCUCACCCCGUCCUCUCUCUGAAGCCAGGGCUGCUUCUUGGCUUGUCAGGCACUUCCAUCCCACUUAGCUCUGGAUCGUCCUGGCUGCGAGAAGUGGGGGCAGGGCCAGCCGGCUCCACCUUCCCAGGCAGCCCCUCGGCCUCUUUUAUACGUCUAUUUAUUUGGUAUGUGUGUGUUUGUGUGGAGGAGGUUGUUUGUUGCUUUAUUUUUUUAAGGCUCUGGAGUGUUGUGUAUGGUUUCUCUUCCCUUCCCAGCCUCCCCAAGGGCGCUUCCAAGAAGAGGGGGGGCUUCUCGGAAAAGGAGAAAGAAAUCCCCUUGGAGCAGGGGAGGGCAGUGCCUGCCAGCUAUUGUGGACCUUCCCGAGAAAUAAAUACCCUCUAAAUUUUCAAACCA